GUUUCCGGUUGGAGACGUGGCUGCUAGGCGCCGCUUCUGCCAUAUUGGACUCGGCAAGCAUAGAAAGGCAAUUGACAGGAGGGGAACGUAGAGGGGUUUUAUAGGCUUGGUAGCAGUGUUCUCUGAGAAGAACAGUAGCAUCAACUAGUUUGCCAAGGUGAUAGAGUUCACAGCUAAACAUGGUGUUGUUGGCAGCAGCAGUUUGUACAAAAGCAGGAAAGGCCAUUGUGUCUCGACAGUUUGUAGAAAUGACACGGACACGUAUUGAGGGCCUGUUGGCAGCAUUCCCCAAGCUAAUGAACACUGGAAAACAGCACACCUUUGUCGAGACGGAGAGCGUGCGAUAUGUCUACCAGCCACUGGAGAAGCUUUACAUGGUUCUCAUCACCACAAAAAAUAGCAACAUCUUGGAAGAUCUGGAAACUCUUCGCCUUUUCUCUAGAGUGAUUCCUGAAUAUUGUCGAGUUUUAGAAGAGAGUGAGAUUUCGGAACACUGUUUUGAUCUUAUAUUUGCCUUUGAUGAGAUUGUAGCACUAGGCUACAGAGAAAAUGUCAACCUUGCACAAAUCAGGACCUUCACAGAGAUGGAUUCCCAUGAAGAAAAGGUCUUCCGUGCAGUUAGAGAGACCCAAGAACGAGAAGCUAAAGCAGAGAUGCGACGUAGAGCGAAGGAGUUGCAACAGGCUCGGCGAGAUGCAGAGAGGCAGGGUAAAAAAGCGCCUGGGUUUGGUGGCUUUGGAAGUUCUACUGUGUCUGGAAGCUCUGCUGUGUCCAUGAUAACGGAUACCAUCAUAGAACCUGAGAAACCCAAAAUUACACCAGCACCUGCUAGACCAUCUGGUCCUAGCAAGGCAUUGAAACUGGGGGCCAAAGGAAAAGAGGUGGAGAAUUUUGUAGACAAGUUAAAGUCUGAAGGAGAAACAAUUACUACUUCUACAAUGGGCAAACGUUCUGUUGAGGCUGCUAAAGUGCUCACUCCUCCUGUUAAUGUUGAGAGUGUGCAUAUGAAGAUUGAAGAAAAAAUGACAAUGCUGUGUGGGCGUGAUGGUGGUCUUCAAAAUCUUGAAGUGCAUGGGAUGAUAACUUUAAGGGUAACGGAUGAGAAAUUUGGCAGAAUUCGCAUCUAUGUGGAUAAUGAAGACAAAAAGGGUAUCCAGUUGCAGACACACCCGAAUGUAGAUAAGAAACUGUUCACAACAGACUCCAUCAUUGGCUUGAAGAACCAAGAGAAAUCUUUCCCUCUUAAUAAUGAUGUCGGUGUACUGAAGUGGAGGUUGCAGACAACAGAUGAGUCCCUUAUUCCACUGACAAUAAAUUGCUGGCCCUCUGAAAGUGGUAAUGGCUGUGAUGUCAACAUUGAAUAUGAAUUGCAAGAAGAGAAUCUGGAACUGAAUGACGUUGUUAUAAGUAUCCCUCUACCUUCUGGUGUUGGUGCCCCUGUAAUUGGAGAUAUUGAUGGAGAAUAUCGCCAUGACAGCAGACGGAACAUCUUGGAGUGGUGUUUGCCCGUCAUUGAUGCAAAAAACAAGACAGGCAGUUUGGAGUUCAGCAUAGCCGGGCAGCCCAGUGACUUCUUCCCAGUGCACGUCUCUUUUUUUUCCAAAAAGAACUAUUGCAACAUACAGGUUACAAAAGUGAGCUACAUUGACAACGGCAGCCCUGUGAGGUUCUCCACGGAGACAGCCCUUCUAAUUGACAAGUAUGAAAUCCUCUAGGCGGAACAUCACAAUGUUUAUACUAACAGAGAGAGAGAAGCAAUUCUGAAAAAGUUUGGAAAUGAACAGGACAUCCCAGGAUGCUUGCUAACAUCGUACAAUUUUGGUUAUAUCAGGGGACUUGAUCCUGUACUGUCACACAGCAUUUGCCUUUCAUGAAGAUGUACUCUCUGGCAUACUGUAAACAUUUGUCAUUACUACUGGAGAUAAGACCGAUAAUGUCAUUAGAGCACUUUUUAUUAAGGUAUGCAAGACAGAAUGAAAGCAAUAUGUGCCCUUUUUAAACGCAGUGCACACUGGUUAUGUUAAUUGAAGUCUCAUCUGUACACAGUACAUAUGUUCUCCCUCUCAGCUUGUGUGCAGUUCCCCCUCCAGAUGUGUGUACAAAUGCACAGUCCUUACUAAAAUUUUUGGGCAUCACCUUUGUUCACAGUUGCCAGAUGCUUCAUAAAGUACCAGACUACAGAAAGAAAAAUAUUAACUGGAUCUAGGUUUGUCAGUGGACUAAUGCUGUGGAGUAUUAGUGCCACCACUUUGACAGACAUGCUGCAUUCUUAAAGACUGUGUCUCCUGCAUAUUGCCCCACUUGAUUUGAUAUUGUGCUUCUGUGUAGUGGAAACUUUACAGCAGCAGUCCCAUAGUGUAAAUGUGAGCCCUUUUGUUGGGGAGAGAAUCACGUCUUGGCCGAAAAGAUCUUUCAGAUGUAUAUUUAUAGACCUAAGUAAAAGUGAUGUAAGCAAUAUAGUUAUAUCUAACAAAAUAAUUAUAUCAUUUGAAAAAUGUCAAUCUGAGGACAUUUCAUCUAAGAGUAUGUAGAGAUGUUCAGUUUGCAGCUUUUGUUUUUCUCCUGUUUGUUUUCUUAGUGACUCCUAGCUUCAGCAGUACUUUGUAAACUUUAAUGUGCCACUUUCCAUGCAGUCAGAUUCUUUCAUGAUUUUUUUUUGCUAAACAAAAUAUGUGAAUAUUUCCUUCUGGCUUAAGUCAGUUUCCUAGAGUGUACCACAUCCCAUUCUUUGCUUGUUAUGCAUAUCAUUGUACUCGUCAUAGAUGUCAUCACAGUCAUAGAACAAAGUAUUUCUCUUACUCCCCUUGAAGAGAGUCUCAUUGUCUUAAAUCAUUCUGACAGAAGUGAAAACCCAGAAUGACAACACACACGCACAUGUAUGCGCGAGCACACACAAACAUUAAGUACACCUUCAGUUUCCAGCUUUGUAAAUUAUACUGCUUCAUGCAUUUUUAUGGGACAUCAUCUUUACAUCUUUAUUGACUCUCAUUUUGUGAACUGGGUAUCUUGGCCUGAGCCCCUGGCUAAUCAUUUUUUACAGUUUUACAAAAUCUGAAGUUCUGUUGCCAUUUUUUAAUUAGGAUUUUCUCCUUUCCAUUUAUAUCAUAGGUGCAUAAUUUUUUCAGUUGUCUUAUCGGAGCUUCUUUUGAAAGCUCUGAAAAUGUCACAUGCCCACUGCCUUCACACACCCUCAUGAUUUAUCAGUAAAUAUGUAUGUUUUAAGAUUUGCCGUCUUGAGCAGUAGGCAGUUUGCUGGUUAAGUACCAAAUUAUAUCUCAGAAUUGCCACCUGGUCAUUUUUUUAAUAGACUUUUAUGGGUGUACUUGAAAUUUUCAGUUCUUGUAUUUUGAUUUUGAUAUUUUAUUACCCCAUACUUGUAUAUUAGUGUGAGGCAUCUAGUAAUCAUUUUUUCCUUUGGUUAUGCUUUUGACCACCUGGACUCCCUGUGGCUAGACUCUUCAGUUCAGAGAAGUCCACCACAGAGGGGCUUGUGAGCGGGGUCAGGAUCCUUGUAUUCAUCUUUAAUCCAGGACCUCAUUUACUCAUAGGGUGGGUAUGGUUAAUGAGACAUUAUCACUCACUCCUUAUGUUUUUGUGUUUGGGUCAGCAUUAGGUGGCUGGUACAGAUUUCCUAUUUCUCUGUACAGAAAGCUUGCCCUUUUCCCUGCAGUGUGUUCCAGUGACAUGCUGACAUCCUGUGCACAUUUUGUCAACAGUGUUAAAUGUCUGCUACAUUGACAGUGGCUGCUUGGGUGCUGCAGUGCCUGGUAUGGCCUUCACCUGUCAGGUCAGUCCUUGCACACCAUGCCAGAGAAAGAAGUUAUACAGGUGAUCAGUCCUAACUUGCUCUUUGAUCAUUGGAUACUUGGGUUGACUGCAAAAGCAGGCGAACACAAGUUGCCCAUGAGCUAUUCUAGAUGGCAGUUUAACUCUUCAAACAUCAGCACUAGUAAUAUAGCUACUUUUUUUUUUAAAUAAGAGAAUGACUAUGAGAAUGGAUUAGUACAAGGGUUAUGGGUGUGGCUGUCAUAUCCAUGACUUGGAAAUUGACUUUUUUCCCCAUUUGUGACAUAAUAUGGCCUCUAUCCAUGCAGUAACACUUUCUGCAUUGUGAUUCAAGUGUUACUUAUCACUAGACUUUGUCCGUGAAGCUUAUUAACUAAAUUGGCCCUGCACCAGCCUUUCCUUUUGUCUGAAGGUGUUUAAGAUCAGAACCAACUGUGGUCAUUUCUAACAGGAUAUUUCUAUAUAUAAAGAAAGUUUGAACUUGAAGUGUCUGGAUUUCAUGUGACAGUUUAAGUAAAAGGUGAACUCUUAAAAGUCUUGUCUAAGGAUGUCAUUGGUCUGUCUCUAUUAAUUCUAUUUUUUUAAUAAUUGGUAAAAGUAAACACAUUUUUCUUUUGAGAUAAUGGGGUUAAAGCCUGACACCUAAUUUAUGUUGGUUGCAAAAGCUUUCCACCUCUUCGGUAUAUUUGUAUGCUGUUCAUAUGUAUGAUUUUAAAGUUCUGAAGUAUGUUUAGGUUGUAAACAUCAGGAUUUUUUUUUUGUUAUGGGAGGACUCCUUGAGGGUUAAAGAAAACAUUUUAACCCUACAAAAAUUGAUUAGGUAGGAAAUAUACAUUCCAUUGUAAACAAAAAUAUGGAACAACAAUUCUUCAAUCAAUUAAAAUAUAUUAUAAAAAUA